AUGGGUUUUGUAUGGGUCAGCAGAGUUUACACUUGAUCAGACAUUAUCUUGCCAGAGAAAGUUUUAGUGGUUCUUCCACAGCUAGCCAAGCCAGUGUCUUCACUGGUUCCUUCUUGCAUCCUCCCUGCUCCUGAUGUCCAUGGUCACUGUGCUUGGAGCUCAGUGUUCUCCUUCACAGAAGCCAUGGGACCCUGUCCUUUAAUUUUCUUUUUGAUUGCUCACUGCAGCUGGGCCUUCCUCCUGCAGUGAUUUAGUUUGGGACUGAAAUUGGAAAAGGGCCAAGCCUUUAAAAAAAAAUAAAAUAGUUUUUCCUGCUAGUUUGUUCUGACUCCACUCACUCAUGGAGUCAGGUGUGAGCAUGGGGAGGGGAUGCUUCCUGAGGGCAUGGGGGACAAGGGGCAACACUGCCCUUUUCAGCUUCAGUGAGCCCUUAGAUUGGUUCCAACUCCCUGAAUUUUGUCUUGAUAAUUUCAGGCCCCUUUCUGUCUGGCUGUUACUUAAUGCUUUGCUAUCUUUAUCACUUUCUUAUCUUAUAGGUAACUACAAACUGAUCAUAUAACUUGAUCAAGAAUCUUUCAGAGGAUUGAAGUUACUGGUCUGUAACUUCUUAAGUCUUCUCCCAACUUUUUUUUUCUUUUUAUAAAGAGAUCAGCCAGCCUGGCUGAGACCACUUAGUGAUGACAAAACAAAAGCUUCUGCUUGAUGGGACAAUCUCCUUGUUUCUCAUCGUGGCCUGUGAAGCUCAGCAGCUCCCGAGGAGUCAUGUUGCUGCUGGUUCUGGUCCUCUGUGUGAGAAGGAGGCAGAGUCCUGGGGAAACCUUUUCAGCAGCGAGCGGCUGGAUGCCUGGAUCUGUUCCCUCAUCGGUUCAUUCAUGGUGGGGCUGAGUGGGGUCUUCCCCUUGCUGGUGAUCCCGUUUGAGACGGGAGCUGCUCUGCAGUCAGAAGCUGGAUCACACCGUUUGAAGCAGUUACUGAGUUUUGCAAUUGGUGGACUACUGGGGAAUGUGUUUCUGCACCUGCUUCCUGAAGCCUGGGCCUAUACGUGCAGUGCAACGACAGGAGAAGGGCAGAGCUUUCAGCAGCAGAAGCUUCUGGGUCUCUGGGUGAUCAUUGGUUUCCUGACCUUCCUGGUGCUAGAGAAGAUCUUCCUAGAGAAAGAAGAGAAGGAGUGCCCUGGUGUGGGCUGUGAUUCCAAAGCACCAGCUGGAAAGAUUCCCAAUGGAAGUGGCUACCCCCUGCCAAAGGUGGCAGGCCAAUCCCAAAGAGCAGGAACAGAUUCAACUCAGUGUAAUGGCUCCUCUCUCCAGUCUUGUCCAACAGACAACAGAAUCAAGAUUAGUGGAUACCUCAAUCUGCUGGCCAACACCAUUGAUAACUUCACACACGGCCUGGCAGUAGCAGCCAGCUUCCUGGUUAGCAGAAAGGUUGGGUUCCUAACCACAAUAGCCAUUCUCCUGCACGAAAUCCCACAUGAGGUUGGAGACUUUGCAAUCCUACUUCGGGCUGGCUUUGACCGCUGGAGUGCAGCCAAGAUGCAGCUUUCCACAGCUCUUGGAGGUAUUCUAGGAGCCUGCUUUGCAAUAUGUGCUCAGUCACCAAAAGGAGCAGGGGAAACGGUAGCCUGGAUCCUCCCUUUCACUUCUGGAGGAUUUCUGUAUAUUGCCUUGGUAAAUGUUGUGCCUGAUCUCCUGGAGGAAAAGAAUCCUUGGAACUCCCUGCAGCAAAUUCUGCUCCUGUGUACAGGCAUUACAGUCAUGGUGCUACUCUCGCUCACAACUGAGUGACCUCUGCGCAGACCUCAUGAUGCCUCCCAGAGCCACCACAGUGACUCUGAGCUGUUACAAAGCAAUAAGGAACACUAUUGUUACUUCCUAUGUGUGUGUGUGCAGAUCUGGCUGCUAGUAUGAGAAGCAGGUGAGAAAGAGGUCUGGAUGUGCAGGACUUCAUUCCCUGGCUCUCCUAUCCCUGUUCUGCUAAAAUCCACACAUCAGGGCUUCCGUUUUGUUGUUGUUGUUUUGUUUUGGUUUUUAUGGAGCAAAAGAUACAGUGAGCAGAAACGAACUGAACAGCUGCUCCACAGCAAAUGGACAAUGUUUCAUUCAGUUCAUUCUGAUGAAACUGCACCUCCCAAGCUCUUGUGGGAAAACAACAGAGGCGAUUCCUGUAGCUGAUGAAGAGGAAGGACUUUUCCUACCACUCUAAGGGCUGGAGACAGAACAGGGAUGGCAAAACAACAAUAAACUAACAGCUUUAGACAGAACUCCCUACCCAUGAGAAGUUAACGGUGCUAUGAGAUAGAGGGGAGAGGACCCUUUCCAACUUGAUCUCCAGCUUUUCAUUGACUCACUUGUUCCUAAAGGUAGUAUUAGCCUCAGCAGUCCACCUCUUUGGUCUAUUUUGUAUUGGUUUAUGUUGAAAUUGAGCCAAAAGCGUGAGGCACUUUAGGAUAGGUCACAACAAUUAAAUGGUUCAGCUUGGAGAUUACUUGCCUCAGCCCUAACCACUCCAAUAGCCAGCACAGCCUAACUGUUUAUCCGAAAAAUGGUCAGUAAGUGUUUCUUCUAUCGCCAUACUACCAGCUCACCUACAUCUGGAAGGAAAGCCAUGUAGCUGUUGCAACUGAGCUCCCUCUCCUCCUGCCCAUUAGCCGAACAUGGCUCUGAGCCUGCUCUUGAGACCCGACACCCACCAUCUGCCCCACACUACGUUUCAGAGCUCUCUUGAGGUGUAGCAUGUUAGCCCUGCCUGGCAUGCUACAGCAGCCCUAGACUGUCAUGGCAGAGGUCUGGGCAGUUUGGGCAACAGUUGAACACUACAGCCUGGUCAGCAGCUGAUAACCCUUAGUUAGCUUUUCCUCUGUUCAGUGUAGACUAUUGAAGAGCAUGCUAUAACCAAAAAUAUAGAUGGUAGCCUAUUUCUGGGCUUCUUACCUCACAGCGGACUUGGUCUGUUGGGGAUGAAUGGAUAAGAAAUAAUACUGACAGCCCUUAAAGGAAGGGGCACAGCAGCAAAGAAUACUGGAGGGAGGGUGAAAUGGGAAGGGUGAAACUGCUGGUGAAAAGAUUUUUAAAAAAUGGGUCUAGAAAAGCUGUGUGCUAAGUAAGGAGACAAAGGGAUAUGAAAGGCUGACUGUAAGUAUGCUUUAAGAAGAGUUUUCUCUUCUGUGAUACCUGGGAUAAAAUUUUUGGCAAUUUGAGACUAAUAAAAUAAAUGGCAUUUCUGCUGCUUUCCUGCAUCCCCGCUCACGGGACUGACCAGGCCGUCGUUCCACAGGGAUGUUUUGUUGCCACAGAGAUGUGCACAAUUACUAGAUCACCCCUUCUGCAGAGCUUAUCCUCGCUUUGCUUAAAUCUGUUUAAAAACAGGUCUAAUUGAACUAGCAGCGUCAUUGGGCACAAAACAGGUGCCACAAUGUGAAUUGCACCAGCUUGGCUCUGUCUUUAAACAGCUUUUGUAAAUCAGUACAGCUGUCCAGUCUGCACAGGGCCUUAUCAAGAGGGCUCAUCCCUUGAAAGGGUGAUUUGGGUCAGAGCAAUGAGGCAGGUAUGCUGCCCACAGCACAGGCAUUUACUUCCCUAAGAGAUUCCUGAAAUGUUGACACAGUUCUUUUUUUAUGACAGCUCCUGUCCUACUUUUCAGAGAGCUCUGGAGAGCUCAUGCUUGCAGUUCUCCCUGCCCAGGAACUGCUGUCUAAAAUUUUUUCAGCUUUCCUUACCCCAGGCUUACAUCAGUAACUAGUUUUACUGCAACAAUGAGGGAGGCUUAGUGCAAUUUUUUUAUUCCUCUUUACAAAGUUGCCUUCCUUUGCCAACUACUCCCUCUAUCAUUCAAUUGUCAUGGUAGCAUCUACUUCCUGCUUUCCUGGAAGGAGGAUUAACCUGAUUAGCCUGCAGGCACUGGGUAAGUAUGCUAACCUUCUAGUUCUAACUUUGGGGGUUCUCCCCCCCCCCAGCCCAGGGACUGCAGCUAAGCAGACCCUGUAGUAGGGCUCCGGAGGAGGCAGGUUUGCACAGAAAGAUGUGCCUGCUGUUUCCCAAGAUGACUUUCUCAAAAUGAGGCUGGCAUUUAAGUUGAGGCAUUGCCAGGUGAGUGCCUGUGAGUUGGCGUUGUUGCAUCAGCACGGAGCCUUGCCAAGACUGAAAACCACAGUCAGGAUUUUGUGCUCAGCAUUCAGGAAUGUGAAGUGGGUGACACUGAAGAAAGAAUUUCCGAGUUGUUUUUCUUGGCUGCUACCACAGGCCUGGACAGUCUGUGGUUCUUGGGAAGAUACCCUGGUAGGAGGUAGCAUCGGGCUUGUGGGAGGGGGGAGCUCAUUAGUUUUCCACUACAUCAGCCCUGGGCCUGAGGAUGGAGAGCCUUGGGAAGAAAUGGAGCAUCACUCCACCAUAUUUGUCACUUUUGGAAAUGCAGAGAGAAUUGUAUUUUCUAGCUCUAUUUUUUCAGCUGCUCUUAUGCAUUUUCCCCCUUCAUCUGUAUUGGUCUGCUCUGCAUGGAGACAAUAGAGAUGAAAUAAAUGGUUUUCCAUGUGG